AUGGCUGUGGCUGAACUGGAUGUUGUUCAAAGUGUGUGCAACCAGUUACCGCAUAUGAUGUGUACGUUCAACGACUCUUGCGUCAUUUUACAAUGGUUGGAGUAUGCAACUGCCACCAUUCUGACGAGUGUGCUUUUCCUCGACGCCGGGUCAGCUGGAUCAGAGAGCAGGAGCAUUUGGCCUCUAGCCACCGUUGUCUAUCGUGCGGCACGUUUUCAGCUAGGCAAGCAUGGGCAUUGCUUGCUUCGUUGGAUGAAUCCCUUGCUUCAGUAUCAGCGUUCUGAAUUUUGCACAGAGGAUGUCCAUCAGAAUGGCGCGAUAGCCAAUUUCGACGAAAAGGAGAGCUUCAUUCACCGUCCACAGAUUGGUAUGAGACGGUCAGACGUCUGUGCUCAAGAAGUUGCCUGGCUCGAAGCAAAGCAGAUCGGCAAGAUCGCACUGAAGUACCCGUAUGGUUUGGUGGAGAUGAGAUUUCACUUACAUGCGCUGACCCUGGCCUUCAUCGUCAUGCUCUGCAUUUUCGAGCCACUCGCGAAGCUGUUUUUCACUCUGGGCAGUACAGAUCACGCAAACAAGCGCGACCAGAGGGGACGACAACCAAAAGUCACCAGAGUGCAUUAUCCGUAUGACCGCAGAUGGGAGAAAGCGGUCGACCCAGCAUAUCACUACGUCAUGCAGAGUCUGCACAACUGUACCGCCUCAAACUGGUGUUUGAUCAUCUCUACAGUUCGAAGGUCGGGAGCCAACGCCGUGUCGCAAUUUUUCGAGCUUUGUCGAUGGGUGUACAGUAACAACUCCACCUCUGCUCAGAAGUUGAUAUUUGCCAUGAAUGAGGAGGAGUUGAAAGACGCCAUUAUCAAUGUGCCUCCGUUUGAGGAGGGCAUGCGAGCGAGAGAGGCCGCCCUGGAACCCUGGUUUCCGGGCAUUAACCUGUCUGAGAAUAUCAUGAUUACUUCGAACGGUUCUACACAUCCCUGGCCCAUGCACUACUCCAAGAUGAUGAGCUACUUCCGCAACGAGUCGCGGUGGCCCACAGAUCUUGCGGAGGAGCUACGGCGUCAAGACAUGAUGGUUUUGUUCUAUCCAGACGGGAGGCUGUUUUGA